UUCAUUUGCAUGACUCCUCCUCACACGAGUGUUUUUUGCAGACAGCGAUGCAGUGGUCGGUUGAGGCGUUUGGAGAUCUUACAAUACGCACGAGAAGUUAGGAGCAGAAGCGCGCCCUGGAUAUAUUUUACUUUAGUGAACUACCUGUCACUGUGCGUACUUAACGAGUGCGGUCCUGAAAGGAAAUUAAACUACUUGGUUAUACAUUCCUUUACUGUGCGUAGGAGAGGGCGCGUCACGGGAACGCGUUUUGGAUAUCCUUUUAAAACACCAGGCACAAGCCUAACAUUAUGAGGUGCAGCCAUGUCAGGCAAGAGUAAGACUGCGGCGAGGACGCUGGAGGAUUUAACCCUCGAUUCCGGUUAUGGUGGCGCGGCGGAUUCCUUCAGGUCGUCCAGCGUGUCACUCUGUUGCUCCGACACGCAUUUGUCAUAUGCGCAUGGGGGCAACUGCUGGCAUCUGACCGAAUCCAUGCACAGCAGACACAACAGUUUGGACACGGUCAACACCGUCCUGGCGGAAGACACGGAAAUCCUAGAGUGCUCGGGCCAGUGCGCCAAACUGCCCGAGCUGGAGGAGGACGUGCCGUGGACUCUCGGAGAGGUGGAAGUCGCGUUGCGCAAAGACGAGGAGUUGUGCGUGGGGAACGCGUCGCGGGAGAUCCUGGCCAAGCUGUCCGCUUUGGUCAGCCGUGCGCUGGUGAGGAUCGCCAGGGAAGCUCAGCGCUUGAGUCUGCGCUACGCCAGAUGCACCAAACACGAGAUGCAGAGCGCGAUCAAGAUGGUCCUCUCGUGGACCAUCUCCGUGAACUGCAUCACCGCGGCGCUCAGCGCGCUCUCGCUUUACAACAUGAACACCGGCGAUAAGUUCAGCCGGGGGAAGUCUGUCCGAUGCGGGCUUGUGUUCUCCGUGGGGAAGUUCUUCAGGUGGAUGGUGGAUAGCCGGGUGGCCCUGCGCAUCCACGAGCACGCGGCCAUUUACCUGAGCGCAUGCAUGGAGAGCCUCUUCAGAGAGGUGUUCAGCCGCGUGCAGAGGAGCGCGCAGGUUGAGAAGGAGAACGGAGUGCCAAAGUUUACCUUGGAGUCACUGGAGCAGGCCAUCAAUAAUGAUUCAGAGCUGUGGGGUCUUUUGCAGCCGUACCAGCACCUGAUUUGUGGCAAGAAUGCAAGCGGUGCAUUGAGUCUGCCGGACAGCCUGAACCUGCACCGUGACCAACAGCGUGCAGGUAAAACUGGAGAGGGCCACGCAUAUAGCCAGGCGGAACUCCGUACAAUUGAGCAAUCCCUUCUGGCCACUCGCGUUGGGAGCAUCGCAGAACUUAGUGAACUGGUGUCUCGCGCCAUGCAUCACCUUCAACCUCUUCACAUCAUGAACCCCAGCAACGGUACACCAGUACACCAGAACCGCACUGGGAUGGUACACUGGGAACCGGAGGCCCUCUACACGCUCUGCUACUUCAUGCACUGUCCUCAGAUGGAGUGGGAAAACCCGAAUGUAGAACCAUCAAAAAUCACCCUGCAUACUGAGAGGCCGUUUCUGGUGCUGCCUCCUCUGAUGGAGUGGAUCAGGGUGGCCGUUGCGCACACAGAGCAUCGCCGAAGCUACUCGGUAGACAGCGAUGACGUGCGACAGGCGGCCCGACUGCUGUUACCCGGGGUGGAUUGCGAGCCGCGGCAGCUGAAGGCGGACGACUGCUUCUGUGCCACACGGAAACUGGACGCCACCUCCACAGAGGCAAAAUUCCUGCAGGAUCUCGGUUUCCGGAUGCUCAACUGCGGACGGACCGACCUGGUCAAACAAGCAGUCAACCUGCUCGGACCAGAUGGUAUUAACAGUAUGAGCGAACAGGGCAUGACCCCUCUCAUGUACGCGUGCGUCCGUGGGGACGAGGCCAUGGUACAAAUGUUGCUGGAUGCUGGAGCUGACAUUAACAGUGAGGUGCCCAGCUCACUACACAAGCACCCGUCAGUUUAUCCUGACACCAGGCAGGGGACGCCACUAACGUUCGCCGUGUUGCACGGACACGUGCCUAUCGUGCAGCUUUUACUAGAUGCCCGAGCUAAUGCAGAAGGAGCGGUUCAGGACGGCGCUGAAAAUUAUACAGAGACUCCUCUACAGCUGGCGUCUGCGGCAGGCAAUUUUGAGCUGGUCAGUCUGCUUUUGGAAAGAGGCGCAGAUCCUUUGAUCGGCACCACUUAUCGUAAUGGGAUCUCUUCCGGUCCAUUGGGCGAAAUGAACUCGUACAGUUUGGCGGCAGCACAUGGACACAGGAAUGUGUUCCGGAAACUUCUGUCCCAAGUGGAAAAGGACAAAGCCGACGUGCUGUCUCUUGAGGAGAUCCUAGCCGAGGGCUCGGAGGCCAAAGAGAGGAGAGCACCACAUUCGGAAGCCACCCUCCGGACAGGCAAGGCCAAACUAAGGGCCCUCCGCGAGGCCAUGUACCACAGUGCCGAACACGGCCACGUGGACAUUACCAUAGACAUCCGCAGCCUGGGCGUGCCCUGGACCCUUCACACGUGGCUGGAGUCCCUGCGAACGUGUUUCGUGCAGCAGCGCCGGCCACUGAUCCAGGGUCUGUUGAAAGACUUCAGCUGCAUUAAAGAAGACGAGUACACAGAGGAGCUCAUCACACACGGUCUGCCGCUGAUGUUCCAGAUCCUACGUGCCAGCAAGGUGCAUCUGCCAGAAGAUAAUGAAGUGAUCGGCCAGCAACUGGCUGUAAUCUUCACUCAGUGCUAUGGGCCUUUCCCAAUCCCCAAACUAACGGAGAUCAAAAGGAAGCAGACGUCUCGUCUGGAUCCACAUUUUCUCAAUAAUAAAGAGAUGUCCGAUGUAACGUUUCUAGUGGAAGGAAAACCCUUUUAUGCCCAUAAAGUGCUGCUCUUCACUGCUUCACAGAGGUUUAAGUCUCUGCUCUCUAACAGACCAGCCGCUGAGAACACAUGCAUCGAGAUCAGUCACGUCAAAUACAUCAUCUUUCAGUUGGUAAUGCAGUACCUUUACUGCGGGGGUACAGAGUCACUUCACAUCAGAAACACGGAAAUUAUGGAGCUCCUGUCUGCAGCCAAGUUCUUCCAGCUCGAGGCUCUCCAAAGACACUGUGAAAUCAUCUGCUCCAAGAACAUCACCACUGACACCUGCGUGGACAUCUACAAACAUGCCAAGUUCCUAGGGGCCUUGGAGUUGUCAGCCUUCAUCGAGGGUUAUUUCUUGAAGAACAUGGUGCUCCUGAUUGAGCUGGAAAACUUUAAGCAGCUACUUUACGAGGUCCCCGCCGAGAGCCCCGGUCCGGGUCCCGCUUACGAUGUCCUCCACGACCUCGAGAGAACCCUGGCCUUGAGGAUCCGCUCCAUCCAUCUCUCCACCUCUAAGGGCUCCAUUGUCUGACACUUUAACCAAAUACACACAAGAUUUCAUUCACCACGAGAGAGCUUCGUUAUCGCGUGCCACUUUCCCAAAACCGGCCGGAGACGUCCGAAACAUCAAAACUGACCCCGUUGAGACUGAUUUGUAUUCCACAGGCUAACAUCUUCACAACGUUGCGGAAACGUCAGCCUGCUGAACUCGUACCAAGGGCUACGUUACGUGACAUUCACCAAACAUCUUAGCAAUGCCGCAUUUGACCAGCAUUAGCGUCCAGGGUGAUGUCAUCACUGCCUCGGUCAUGCAUGCGGUCAGAUGGACACUGUCUACGCCAAUGGUCGCCAUGCUACCCACUGUGCACAGAGCUUACCGUGAACAGAUUUAGUAGACAUAUUUUUAGCAACACAGUGAUAUUAGUCUACGUAAUAUUGUUAGCCUGCCCUGAAUCUCUCCAAAUACUAAGCAAAUGAUGCAUGUGGUUAUAAACAACCAUUACUGUAAGUUUCCCCGAGCCAUUUGUGUUAAACAAAGCUCCUUGGCAACAUUUUCAGGUGUAGAGUUUUAAAAAGUGGAAGUGUUUUAUAUACUUCACAUCCAACUACUACAGUUUUUAGUAUUUGUGUGUAAUAAUGCCAGCUAUUUAAAUCUAAGCACUCGUUCUUGAUGUCAACGCUUUGCCGGAUGUAAGAAAUCACAGGAUACGGUCGAUCUUUUGUACAAUGAUUUCAAUGCUAGGCUUUGUUUUCUUUCCCAUGUUGUUUUUAGCUGACACCUCCUCACCAGAAUGUCCAUUGUUUUCUCCUGGAUCCGCCGGUUCGGGGCUAAGCGUCUCCAUUCGUUUCAUCCCACAAGUUUUAAUGACCCUUAAUACCACCACUGUGCUUAGUACACUCGAAACUGAGCGGUUCAUUUUUGCCUUGAGGUCGCUUAACUAAUGAUCUAUGUGAAUCAUUUGCAUGGGUCCUCCGCAACUUUUGUAAAAAAACAACAAACAACUUCAAGGGAGCUAAUUUUCCUUUAGUGGAUGCAGAACUAUUUAGUCUUAAUGACAUUUACGCAGGACUCCAAGUUCUUUAAAGUCUUUGUUGCUCGAGUCUGUCUAAUAGUAUGCCGAGACGCCAUUGCACUGGUCGCUACCUUCGUGACCCAAUGUACAUAUCCCCCCAGUCUUCACCUGCUGCACUGCUUUCGUUCAAUGUGAAGCCAGCUCAAAAACAAGACGCAUUUCUGCCAAGAUGCAUGUUAUGGUUUUCCUGUGUUUGUCCGUGUCCUCUGGAAUGUUGGGAAGAUCAAAGCUGUACUGGAAUGCAGCGUUACCAGCAAAAGAUUUAUGAUCACACUCAUGGUGAACCCAUGGUUGGACAGAACCAAGUCUUGGGUUAGAAAUAAACCUAUGCUAGGUUGUUUAUAACCCAGGAUUUUGUUAUGUCCAAUAAUAACCCAACCUGGGUUAAACCUAUGGGUUUUCAAACUUUAUGAUGGCAAAGACCCCCAAAUAUGAUGAACAUUUUGCGAGGGACCACCUUCCUAAAAUAUAUAUCCAUUUAUAUAUAAAUUAUAUAGUUUUUUUCUCUGAAAUACCACCUUGGACCCCAUUUUGAAAACCCCUGGGUUAAAGCAACUCAAUAUAUUUAAUAUUAUAAUAUAACAUUUGGCUUUCGAAAGCCAAUAAUCUCAAAUAGUUUUGUUUUCCAGUUUUGGAAUUUUAAAGGUGCAGUGUGUAAAUUGUAGCGGCAUCUAGUGGUGAGGUUGCGAAUUGCAACCAACGGCUCAGUCCACUGCUCACCCCUCGCUUUUGAAACACAUAAAGACACUGCGGUAGCCGCCACCGGACAAACAUGUCAUCGUCGGAGACAACUUAGUAAGAAAAUGUCCGUUAAGGGCCUCUGUAGAAAAAUGGCGGCACAAAAUGGCGACUUUCAUGUAAGGGGAUCCUCGGUGUAUGUAGAUAAAAAGGUCUUGUUCUAAGGUAAUAGAAACAUAACGGUUCAUUAUAAAAGGUCUUUAUACACCCCUGAUAGAUAUUUGUAUCUUAUUUUGCAUUUCUGUCAAGAGAUCCUUCUAAAAAUUACACACUGCACCUUUAAUUGAUUCACUAUUUAUAAUAACGCAGCUUGUGCUGGUAUUGCUUUCCAAUACAGUUUAGAUUCUGGUAUGCAUUGUAUGAUUUAUAUUUUAUGUACAGUAGAUUAAUGAGAAAACUUUAUCUUAAUGUGAAAUAAAAAGGUCGGUUAUGUCAUACAAAAUUUACAAUGAACAAUAUAAAUGAAUAGUUUAUUGAUAUGUAGCUAACUAUGGAGUUAUAUCAUGAUGCAAAUAAUUUAAAACUGUGAAGAUACAUUUAUUUUAAAGAACUUAGCAUAAUUACUUUAUUUUCUUACAAAGUACAUUUAUUGUCAAAUCCCUGUCUGCUUUUUUGUGUAACUGAGACGAAAUAUGUCAUAAUGUGUCGUAUCCACUUUGACUUCGCUCUGUGUCGUUGCUGUAACACAGACGAGGUUAUUUUUGUCAUUCGGAAGUCCAGACCUCAUUAGUCUUUGGAAAAAGUAAUUCUUGGUAAAGCCCAAAUCGAUUUGUGUUCACGAUGACUGUGGUUUUUUAAAAGCAAUACUUCACACAUGCUAAUAAGUACCACAUCUGACCCUUGUUAGUCAUACACGGCAUGGAUCGAGCUCCAUGUAGGCCAAAUGUAAAGUUAUGACAUGUCUAUGUAUCUGUAAAACAACUCAAAAACUCGCUCUGUGUUUCCCGGCUUUAGCUUUUCUGCUUCAGGCUGUUAAACAUGCUUUAAAACUCUUCGGUCUCCACUAAUGCACAUCUUAUGACAUCUCUAUUAGACAAAACCUGCAUGCUUUGGCUGGAUCAGAGUCUAAAGGAAUUUGUUUGUGAUUAUUAUUUCACUUUAUUAAAACAUUGUACAAACGAUAUAUAGAGAAACAUCUGCAGAACUUGAUGUAAAUAUAAGGGACGUUUAACAGUUUUAAAAAGAUACAAGAAUGUUAUACUUGUGCUAAAGUACAGUCGUGCGAUGACAUGCAUCUGUGUACAGCCAAUAGAAAUGACCACAUUUGACCACUGUGUUGGGUCGUCAUUAAAAUUUCUGUGAUACGCUGUCAA